AUGAUUGUUCCUGCGCCAAUAUUGAAUAUUCCUCUUCCCGUCAUUGCUGGGGUAUUGGCUGGGUCAGUCAGACAUCUUGAAAUUCCUCGUAACAUUCGUAGACUCAUUAGAAAAUGGAACACAAUCAAGAGACAAAAAGUGGAGACAGGAAUCCGAAGCAAAUUGAAGAAAAGGAGUAUUUUUGCCUUUGUCAAAGCUUUCCGAAAUACUUUCAUCGCCAAGAAAAGUUCCACACCAGCAAGUCACAAUCAACAUAUCAGCGUGCCUCAGAGACCUUUCACUUCAAAAGAUUUCCAGCACUCAAGCGAUUCCAUAACCCCAGAGAUGGAAAAAGUUUUUAAGUUCUGUAAUGUGAAAAACGAUGUGAAAUUUUCAAACGCCAUAUCGUUUUGGAAACAAAGGUACGCCAGAAAAAUCGCAGAAGGAUCGUAUGGUGAAAUCUACCAGUUCAGACAUAUAGACGGAACUAAGAGGAUCUUCAAAUGCAUACCGAUUAAUGGGCAGCAUUCGAUGAACUCCUACGAAAACAUCCCUCUUUCAUUGGCUGUGCCGGACAUCGUUUCAUCCAAUAUUUCUCUGGUCCGUGAUCGUUUUCCAGAUUUCCUGAUGAGAGCAUGGUGGGAUUACAAAAACAGCCCCGAAAGACUGAAAGAUCCGGCAGAACAUCCCCGCCCAGAUCAAUACUCAGAAUCACAGUUAUAUCUCACAAUUGAAAGUUCUUUCUGCGGCGAACCACUGACAAUGAAACUACUCCAAAAUGCAUGGGUAGGAGUAACCAUCAUGUCGCAAAUCAUAUCAGCACUGGCAGUGGCAGAAGGGGCAUACAAUUUUGAACAUCGAGACCUGCAUUUGGCAAAUAUCCUGGUGCAAAACCAAAGCGUAUAUUGCGUUGGAUUAGAUGAUAUUGCGAAAAGCAGCAGUGAUAGGAACGAUUCUACUGAAAGUAUCUGGCUGAAUCACAAGAAUGUGUACAAGAUUAUGGCUGAAUACAGCAAGAGUGAGGCCAGGAGAAGGGAGCACUGGUUUUCGGGGUUCAGAUUAGUAGCCAGGAGCCAAUCAGGUGCAGGAUACUGGGAGAAACUUGUCAGGACCAAUCAGGAGACGGCGAGGUUAAGGGAGGCGUAA